GAAAUGAACAGUAAGCAAGGCGAAUUCUAUUUCACAAUUACAUAAAGUUUAGUCUGGGAUAUACAAAACACAAAAAUUCGUUCAGUUGAAGUCAGUGAAAGUAUUUAUCUAACCAAAAUACCACAAAGUGCAGUUAAACAAACGGCAGCACACUCAAAAGAAUAAUUUUAAGCACUUUACAAACGGUAAGAAGAAAUCAGCUUCGAAAUGCAGGCAGCACCAAAAACCAAAGAGGGGAAACACAAGAAGACUAGGUCAUCGAAGCUUAAGAAUGAAGGAGGCGGCGGAGGCGAUGCCGAUGAUUUUGAUGCCUGGAUGAAAUCGCGUCAAUUGAUCAAACCCGAUGAUCAACUGGAUCUAACCGAUGCGGAGCUAGGCGAGGAAGUCACCAAAGUACUGACACCGACCAAUACAAAUGUGAUUCGCAAUUUGGUUGUGUUUAGCUUCAAGGAGGGCGAGUUUGUGCCUGCCCCAUUGCCAGGAAAUACGGUGACCCUAAUUAGCUUUCCGGGUAAUUCGCUGCACGUUGAUUCCGAGGAAGCGCGUUUGCAGAUUGAGGAGUCGGAUGAGAUCGGUUAUCCGCUGCCUAUGCCGAAUUAUUCCGUUGUGGAACAGCGCGAGUCUAUACUCGAUGGCGAGGAGGAGGGCGAGGGUGAAGGCGAGGGCGAAGACGAUGAGAAAAGUGAAGCAGGUGGCAAGCAAGGUGCAGCUGAAGAAGAAGAAGCAGAAGAAGAGGAGGAUGAGGAGGGAAAACAGACCGAGGGUGAUCAAGGUGCCACCGAAACCGAACCCGGCGGUGACGAUGAGGAUGCUCCAGCUGGUGGACAACAAGCUGCAGCAGCACCUGCAAAAAAACGCAAGCUUAUCAAUCAAUUUAAUUAUUGCGAACGUGCUACACUAACAUAUUGCAAUCCCAAGCGGAGUGUGGACACGCAAACAAUUCCGCCACCGCGAUCACAGUUCGGAGGCACUGUGCUGCAAUGGAUCAUCUAUGACUCGUAUCAGGAGGACUUUGAGGAGCAGCAAAAAGAUAGCGGACGGACGUCUGUCGUCCGAGGACGUUCUACCAAGAAGACCAUUAAGAAGAAAACCGCUCUCGCAGAGAUGCUCAAUCGCAAGUAUCUGCGUUGCUGGCAGAUUCUGGAGCGGAUGAUUAAUCAGAAUAUCUACGAUGACAUUGGCAACGACUAUCGCUACUGGGAGGACCCAGCUGAUGAGUUUCGCGAAGGCGAGGGGAAUCUGUUGCCACUGUGGAAGUUUCAGUACGAGAAGACAAAGAAAAUGAAUGUAACCGAGAUUGUCUUUAAUCCGGCCUAUUAUGAUUUGUUCGCUGUGUGCUUCGGCUCGCACGACUUCCUGAAGCAGCCCAACGAGGGUUAUCUCUGUCUAUUUACUGUGAAGAAUCCUUCCUUUCCCGAUUACAUUAUUCAAACUGAUUGUGGUGUCAUGUGCUGCGACAUUCACCCGAGCUAUCCUUUCCUAAUCGUGCUAGGUCUGUAUGACGGCAAUGUCUGCGUCUAUGAUCUGCGCGAUGGCUGCAAGGAGCCCAUGUAUGUUUCUCGGGGCGUCAAUUGUAAACACGGCGAGUGCGUCUGGCAAAUCCGAUGGGGACCCGAUAUGAGCGAUGGUGAAAUUAACUUCUUUUCGGUUUCAUCUGAUGGUUGCGUCUUCCAAUGGAUUCUAAUGCAAAAUAAGUUGUGGGUUACCACCAUAAUUACGCUAUAUCUGGAAAAUGAAGUGGCCGAUGGUCCGGAUGGCACUCGAGUGGUUCUGAAGACUGGCGGCUCCUGUAUGCAGUUUCAUCCAACGGAUAAUACGGUGUUUCUGGUUGGCACCGAAUGCGGUUUCAUUUACAAGUGCAGCACACUGUUUAGCUCCAAGUAUCUGAUGACCUAUAAUGCCCACAAUAUGUCCGUCUAUCGCAUUGACUUCAAUCGCUUCGAUUCGAAUAUUUUUGUCUCCUGUAGUGGAGAUUGGCGUGUCAAAGUCUGGGAGGAUAUGCGUCCCGAUCCGCUCUUCAUAUUCGACUUGGGCUCUGCUGUCGGUGACAUUAAAUGGGCUCCAUAUUCCAGCACAGUCUUUGCUGCAGUCACCACAGAGGGCAAAGUGCAUGUCUUCGAUCUGAAUGUGAACAAAUAUAAGCCCAUCUGUGUCCAGGCUGUUGUGCCCAAAAGGAAGAACAAGCUCACACGCAUCGCCUUCAAUGAGAAACUACACUUCAUUGUCGUAGGCGAUGAAAAGGGCGUUACCACCUCCCUCAAGCUGUCUCCCAAUCUGCGUGUUAUGGUGAAGCCCCCGGAAAAGCAGCUCUAUCUUGACCAAACCACACUGCAAAUCUCUAAGCUCGAAAAGCUGCUCUCCCUCGUACGGGAGCUUCCAGAGGGCGCAGUUAUCAAGGACACAGCGACAACGGUUCGCAGCUAG